CACAAAAAUGGCGAAAAAUAGCAAAAUGUUGCAUAUUGGAGUAUUUCCAUGGUUAGCUUUUGGUCAUAUGAUUCCGUAUUUAGAGCUUUCGAAGCUAAUUGCUCAAAAGGGUCAUAAAAUUUCUUUUAUUUCGACUCCCAGAAACAUAGAUCGUCUCCCAAAACUUUCCCCAAAUCUUACCCCGUUUUUAAAUUUUGUCAAACUUCCAAUGCCUUAUGUGGAAAAUUUGCCGGAAAAUGCAGAAGCCACUACCGAUGUAACUUAUGAGCAAGUCAAAUACCUCAAACUUGCUCAAGAUGGACUCGAAGAAUCCAUGGCUAAGUUUCUCGAAGAUUCAGAUCUUGAUUUUAUACUAUUCGAUUUUACUUCUUACUGGGUUCCUUCAAUUGCUUCAAAAUUCAACAUUCGGUCAGGUCAUUUCAGCAUAUACAUCGCUGCGUUUCUGGGUUUCACCGGACCUGUACCGGGAUUAAACAAUGAUUAUGAAAUUCGUACAACGCCGGAGGAAUAUACCGUUCCCCCAAAAUGGGUUCCGUUUGAAACUACAGUUGCUUUCAAGCUUUUCGAAGUCUUGAGAAUCUUCGAAGCUACCAUGAAGGGAGAGGAAGAGAACAUUGCUGAUAUUACUCGUUACUAUAAAUCAGUUGAAAAUUGUGAUUUUUUGUUUGUGAGGAGCUGUUCGGAAUUAGAACCAGAAUGGUUGAAAGUUCUCGGAGAUAUUCACCGGAAACCGGUUUUGCCGGUGGGUCAACUUCCGACAACACCGUACGAAGAUGACAGCACGAAGAUCGAUGCGUGGAUAGAGAUAAAACUAUGGCUUGAUAAGCGAGAAAAGGGGAAAGUGAUUUAUGUUGCAUUUGGUAGUGAGGCAAAAUCGAGUCAAAAUGAGCUCAUUGAGUUAUCACUUGGAUUAGAGCUUUCUGGGUUAUCAUUUCUCUGGGUUUUAAGAACUAAAAGAGGAGAAUCGGAUGAUGAGUUGGUUCAAUUACCAGAAGGAUUCGAAGAUCGAAUGAAGGGAAGAGGAAUAGUGUGCACGAGUUGGGCACCACAACUCAAGAUAUUGAGUCAUGACUCAGUUGGUGGAUUUUUGACACAUUCAGGAUGGAGUUCAGUAGUCGAGGCAAUACAAUAUGAGAAGCCAUUAGUUCUCUUAACAUUCUCUGCUGAUCAAGGGAUAAAUGCUAGGCUCUUGGAGGAGAAAAAGAUAGCGUAUUCAAUACCAAGAGAUGAUUGUGACGGGUCAUUCACUCGUGACUCAGUAGCUAAGUCACUAAAUUUGGUACUCAUUGAAAAAGAGGGUGAAAUUUAUCGAGAAAAAGUUAAACAGAUGAAAAGUCUUUUUUGUGACAAAGAAAGACAAGAUAAUUAUGUGGAUAAUUUAUUGUGUUAUCUUCAAAAUUAUAAGAAGACUAUUCCAUAAGAAGCGCAAAAAAAACUUGGUUUUGCUUUAUUAUUUGAAUAAUAUAAUAAUAAUGGUUAAUUUGUCCUCAAUUAUUUUAUUGA